CUCUCUCUCUCUCUCUCUCUCUCUCUCUCUCUCUCUCUCUCUCUCUCUCUCUCUCUCUCUCUCUCUCUCUCUUCUAUAGGCAUAUAAAAAAUAAAGUUAUAGAAAGACUCUUUCAAGAAUAGCAAGGUCCAUAUAGAUAAGAACAAAAAGAGCAAAUACUAGAAUAUAAAUCUCUAGAAAAUUCAUGCAGUUGAGGAACUCGAGAAUAUAAAAGUGAGCUGAUUAUUCACUCUUGGCCUCCUUGUAAUUUUAUUCUCAUCAAGAAAAAAAAACAGAAAUGACUACUGCUAUUGGUAUUGACUUAGGCACUACCUAUUCCUGCGUUGGUGUAUGGCAAAAUGAUCGAGUUGAAAUUAUUGCAAACGAUCAAGGAAACCGUACAACCCCUUCCUAUGUUGCUUUCACUGAUACUGAGCGUCUUGUUGGUGAUGCCGCAAAGAAUCAAGUAGCUAUGAAUCCUCACAACACAGUCUUUGAUGCCAAGCGUAUGAUUGGUCGUCGUUUUGAUGAUCAUGAAGUUCAAGCAGAUAUGAAGCAUUGGCCAUUCAAGGUUGUCAAAAAAGAUACAAAGCCCUACGCUCAUGUUGAAUACAAAGGCGAGACCAAGGAUUUCUCUCCUGAAGAAAUCUCUGCUAUGAUUCUGGGUAAAAUGAAAGAAAUCGCUGAAGCCUACCUUGGCAAGAAGGUCGACUCUGCUGUUAUCACAGUACCUGCAUACUUUAAUGACUCUCAACGUCAAGCUACUAAAGAUGCUGGUACUAUUGCUGGUUUAAAUGUGCUUCGUAUCAUCAACGAACCUACAGCGGCUGCUAUUGCUUAUGGCCUGGACAAGAAAUCCAAGGGUGAAACCAAUGUAUUGAUUUAUGACUUGGGUGGUGGUACUUUUGAUGUUUCCCUCUUGACUAUCGACGAUGGUAUUUUCGAAGUCAAGGCUACUGCUGGUGAUACUCACUUGGGUGGUGAAGACUUUGAUAACCGCCUUGUUGACCACUUUGUCCAAGAAUUCAAACGCAAGUUCAAGAAGGAUAUCACUAGUAACGCUCGUGCUGUUCGUCGUCUCCGUACUGCUUGUGAACGCACUAAGCGUACCUUGUCUUCUGCUACUCAGACUACCAUUGAGAUCGAUUCCCUCUUUGAGGGUAUUGACUUCUACACUUCCUUGACUCGCGCUCGUUUUGAAGAACUUUGUCAAGACCUUUUCCGAAAGACAAUGGAACCUGUUGAACAUGUACUCCGAGACGCUAAAAUCGAUAAGAGUUCUGUUCAUGAAAUCGUCCUUGUUGGUGGCUCUACUCGUAUUCCAAAGAUUCAAAAGUUAGUCUCUGACUUCUUUAAUGGUAAAGAGCCUUGCAAGUCCAUCAACCCUGAUGAAGCUGUUGCCUACGGUGCCGCUGUGCAAGCUGCUAUUUUGACUGGCGUUACAUCUGAAAAGACAGAAUCUCUCUUACUUUUGGAUGUUGCACCUCUUUCCCUUGGUAUUGAAACCGCAGGUGGUGUCAUGACUCCUCUUAUCAAACGUAACACAACUGUACCUACCAAGAAGGCCGAGAUCUUCUCUACAUAUGCUGAUAAUCAACCUGGUGUUUUGAUUCAAGUCUUUGAAGGUGAGCGUGCUCGUACCAAGGAUAAUAACCUUCUUGGUAAGUUUGAAUUGAGUGGCAUUCCUCCUGCUCCUCGUGGCGUGCCUCAAAUCGAAGUUACGUUCGACGUUGACGCCAAUGGUAUUCUGAACGUCUCUGCUGUUGACAAGACAACAGGUAAAACCAACAAGAUCACUAUCACGAAUGAUAAGGGUCGUCUUUCCAAAGAAGAAAUUGAGCGUAUGGUUAAUGAUGCUGAAAAAUACAGAGCUGAAGAUGAGGCUGCUGCUGCUCGUAUCCAAGCCAAGAAUGGUCUCGAAUCUUACGCCUAUAAUCUCCGAAAUACUCUUCAAGAAGAAAACGUUAAGAGCAAGCUUGAUGCUUCAGAUGUAGAAAAAUUGCAAAAGGCUGUCAAGGAAAAGAUCGACUGGUUAGACAACUCUCAAGAAGCUUCCAAAGAAGAAUACGAGUCUCAUCAAAAGGAGUUGGAAACUAUUGCUAACCCAAUCAUGAUGAAGAUGUAUGGUGGUACUAAUCCUGGAGGACCUGGCAGCUUCCCUACUGGUAGUUCUGAUCAUACUGGCCCUACUGUCGAAGAGGUUGACUGAAUAGCAUAACGCAUUCUUUUUAUAUCGCAUUUGUAAAUUUUCAUGUUACCCAUUUAAUAAAUAAUAGCAUUAUGAAACUUUAUGCAAG